CACUCAUCAUCUCGCACUCCCACUACAUACACUCAAGCUCCACGUUAGCUUUUGCCCUUUUCCUUCCCCCUCGGUCAUCUUUUGUUUAAUUUUCUUACAAGUUUACACUUAUGGCCACUGCUGAGGUUGUAUUGGUUCAAAAUGUACUGUCAGACGAGAAGAAGGAAGAGUUUGUCAAUGUUCAAGAACCGGAAGCGGUUAAGGUGGAAGAAACACCGGAAGAAGCGAAAACCGAAGCAGAGAAAGUAGAGGCCAUCACCGAGAAAACCGAAAAACCGGAGGAAGAAACCGGAGAGGAGGCCAAAGAUGAAACCGACGGUGCCAGUGAACCAAAGGUUGAACCGGUUGCUGAUGUGAAGGCCGAGGAAGGUGAAGAAAACGUUGAGAAAGCAGAGGAACCUAAACCGGAAGCAGAACCGGUGACUGAACCGGAAACCAAAACCGAGAAUGAAGCCAAAGCUGAGCCGGAAGCAAAAGUUGAACCCAAGCCGGAGGAGGAGGAGGAGAAGGAAGUUAACGCUGUUCCUGAGGAGGAGAAGAAAGAGUGAGAGAAUGACAAGAACUAAUGGCGGUUUAAGUGGUUUAUUGGGUCUCCAUUUACUACUAAUAAAGCUUAUACUAUAAGUCUGGUACGGUCUUGUUUGGUUUGUCGGUUUAGUCCGGUUUGUUCGGUUUGGUUGUUUGCAUGUGAUAUGCAUGUGCUCCUGGUUUGAGUACAACAUCUACGUGGAAUAAACAUGAUAUGUUAAUUAAUGA